GUUCACUUACAAAACCCAUUGCCGUCACUCUGCCAACUCUAAACUCCUUGUUAACGGACUAACUCAUACAAUAUAUAUAAAUAUAUUGUAUAUAAAACACGUAAAGGCGCCGCAUCGCGUGUGAUUCCCCCCAAUUCCCGAUUAUCGUGCAGUUUACGUUGUAGCUUUUUCAAGGAUAAACCCAAAUAACAAAUAUGUUUCGCUUUCUCGCAUUAACCACACUCGUCAGUCUGGCUGUGGGCCAGAACUAUCACCAGGAUCCCAAGACGGCGGCCAUUAUUAGUGAGCAGCGUUAUUUGUCUGGCGAUGGUAAAUUUGGUGCUGCCUACACACAGGAGGAUGGCAUCAAUUUCAAAGAGGAAACCGACUCGGAUGGCACUCGCCACGGCAGCUACAGCUAUGUGGAUCCAUCGGGCCAACGUCGCACCAUCUCGUACACAGCGGGCAAGAAUGGCUUUCAGGCGUCGGGUGAUCAUUUGCCAGUGGCACCACCUGCACCACCACAGCCCGUGCCCACUUCGGGCUAUCAGCCACAGCAGCAGUACCAGCCACAGCAGCAAUACCAUCAGGCACCACAGGCUCCGCAAUCCUCAUUCCGUAGCAACGACUAUGGCGAUGAUGGUUCCUACGAUACACGCUACAAUGAUCCCUCUUUCGGUCAGAGCCAGCAGUCGUAUCAUCAGCCUGCUCCUCAGCCACAGUAUCGUCCGGCACCGGCGCCAGUGCAACCCUCGUAUCAGCCAGCACCACAGCCCACUUACCACCAGCCCGCUCCUCAGCAGCAGCAGUAUCAACAGCCACAGCAGAAUUAUUAUACGACAACCACACCGAAUCCUCAUCGCUUUUCGCCACCUGGCAAGCUGUCGUUGAAUCGUACUCCGGACGGUUUCACCUACUCCUUCAACAAGGUCUAAGCGCUGGAGAGAGAAUCACAUAGAUUGAGCUCGUUUCUAAUUGUAAUCUUAUGUAAUCUUUCAUUUAUUCACGCUAUCCCCCACUACAGCUCCUAUGUCUCUCUAUAUAUAUAUAUAUGUAUAUCUGUCUCUCUCAUUCUGUCAGACUAUUUCUUCUUUGUCUUCUGUUUUCUAUUCAGUUCUUAACUUCAUCAAAACUCUUUUGUGAUAUGUCCAAGAAAGAAAAUGAAUUGAAAAGCUCCUAGCAGUUUUUGCUUGUAAUUUAGAAUACUCCUCCUCAAUACUCAAUACUGUUUAAAAAACAAGAACAACACAUCCCAAUUCCACUGUCCUAAUAAAUUUGUAAGUGUGUGCGGUCGAAGAAGACGUUAAAGAAAAUGUUAUAAGAUGUUUUAAUAUCUAAACGGGGGCCACGGGACGUAUAAGCAAUAUAAGUAUUGUAUAUAUUGUAUGAUAAACAGUUGUAUUUACCAUUUUAUAGACACUUAAGCAAUACAUAUAUGGAUUCUGACGUGCCGCAAGCAAUAAUUAUUUUUAUUUCAAUUCUCA